UUAGAGAACAGUCGAGAAACUAUUUAGCACACAUGUUGAGAUCAGGGAUAAUUUAACAUUUUUACCAGAAUUCCCAUAAAUAAUGUUUUAUCAUUAAAAAGCAUGUUAAAAGUGAAGCUUUCUCCCAAAAUAAAAAUAUUUCAUAAGAGAUAUACAUGGGCUGCCAAGUCUGAACAAUUUCUAAUGAACUCUCCUAUAUUUUCUUAGGGAAAGUAAAAAGACAUUUAAUCCCAAUAAACUUUUCAAAUAACAUUGAAAAAAGUAAAUAGUAAAAAUAAAGAGUAUAUAUACAUACAUAAAUAUAUAUUUAUAAAUUUUCACCGCUUCCGAUCAUAUGGUCGUAAACUCUCAUUCACAAUAGCUUAACUUAGCCAUGUCAUUAUACCGCAUUUUUGGACUUGGAGCUGGUAGAAUCACAACCACGUCUUUGCAUCUUAAAACUCAGCUAUUAAAAAUGCCUGCAAUGGAGGAGAUUAUUGCCAACAACAAACGCAAUGCGCAAAUCAUUUCGUCCAUCUCAGCAGAGUUGGGCGUCAUGCGAGGAGAGCUUCUUGCGCAUAAAAAACAACAAUUGAGCAAAGAAAACGCUUUGUUAAAGCAACAAGUUGAGAUUGCGCAGCAGCAACUCAUAGCACUAGAACUCAGUCAUGGAAAGAAGCAAAUUGCAUUACCUAAUACGCGUAGUUUUUCCACUGAAGUGCCAAGCACCACUAUUGAAGUAAAUCUUAAAAGUGAUCUAGCUAAAGCUCCAGAAGUUGAGUCAUCCGAUAAAAAGCAAGCGAAGGAAAAGAAACCGAAAAAGGAAAAGACUAAUGCAAACACAAAUACAAAUGCCCCCGCGGAACUUUCAGUAGAUGUCGGUCGCCUCGAUAUGCGUGUAGGCAAAAUAAUUGAAGUUGGUCGUCAUCCCGAUGCAGACAGUUUAUAUUUGGAAAAGAUCGACUGUGGAGAAUCCCAACCACGAACCGUAGUAUCUGGUUUGGUUAAAUUUGUACCCUUAGAAGAGAUGCAAAACCGUCUAGUGGUUGUGCUAUGUAAUUUGAAACCAGCCAAAAUGCGCGGUGUAACUUCCGAAGCGAUGGUCAUGUGUGCUUCAACACCAGAUAAAGUGGAAGUCCUCAGCCCCCCUUCAGGUGCAGUACCUGGUGACUUGGUGCAUUGUGAGGGUUACACUCGCCAACCAGAUGCUCAACUUAAUCCUAAGAAAAAAAUAUUUGAAACUUGUGCACCUGAUUUAAGAACGAAUGACGACUUGGUGGCCUGUUAUAAAGGUUCGUCGCUCCAUGUGCCUGGCAAAGGAAAUGUUGUUGCACAAACGCUGAAGAACGUGAAUGUGAAGUAAACCAUGAUACAAACGUUAAAAAAUUAAAGUUUCCUUUUAACGACAACAUGCUAAGCAGGUUGUUAAUACGUUUUAUGCGUUGAAAUAUUUAUUUUCAUAAAUUAUUAAUAAAUUUCAGAUAUGGAAAUUCAUAAAAAAG